GAAGCAGGAGGAAAGGCCGGCAGGCAGGCGAUGGCGCCCCCGGGACUGCGCCGCAUACACACGGACUGCGUGGAACGGCCCCUGUCGCGCGCGCUGCGGGCAUUAGGCGCCUUGGUGGGCGCCUACCCGUGGCCCUUCCUGCUCGUGCCCUUGGCGCUCACGGGCGGGCUGGCCGCGGGCUUCAAGUACCUACCCCGCAGCGAUGUCGGCGACCUCGAAGCCAUGUACACGCCCAUCGCAGCCCCUUCCAAGACGGAGCGCAGUUUCGUCCUGGCGCACUUCCAGACGGACGACGCCACGUUCUUCUCCCCGCCGAGGCUGAACACCGAGGGCUCCUUCGCCUCCUUCAUCGCCGUGGCCCGCGACGCAGACUCGCUCCUCACCCGGGAGGCCUUCGCCGAGUUGCUGGAUCUGGACGCCGCCUUCCGGAGCAUCGCCAUCGGGGGUGUCACUUUCGAAACCCUUUGCGCGCGCACCGGGAACGCCACGUGCCACAGCCCCAACCCGCUGCUCAGCGCCGUGCAAGGCGACCCGGCCAGGAUCGAGGCGCUGCUACCCACCCUCACUUUCCCGGUCACCCAAGGCGGCGUUUUUCUCGGCCCCUUCCUGGGUGGGGAGAAGCUGCUUUCCGGAGUCGGCCAGGCGCCCCGCUUGCGGGCGGCCAAAGUGAUUCGCCUCAUCUAUUUCUUGCAGAAUGACUUGCCUCCGCGGCGCGAGGCCAGCAGGAUCUGGCUGAAGAAGGCCUUUCUGAAGCGCAUCCCCGGCGUGCUGGCCUCCUUAAAGCUCAAAUUCAUCCGGGUGUUCUAUAUGUCCUCAGUAUCCAAAGAAGAAGAACUGGAAAAACUUAGAAACAAAGUGAUCCCAUUGGCCAGUGCUGCGUAUUUUUUAACAAUAGUCUUUUCAAUUGUAUCGUGUUCAAGGAUGGAUUGUGUACGGACAAAAAUUUGGGUUGCGUUUUUUGGGGUGAUGUCAGCAGGCUUAUCUGUCGUCAGCAGCUUUGGAUUACUGCUGUUUUGUGGAGUGCCAUUUGUUAUCACAGCUGCAAAUUCACCCUUUCUUAUACUUGGGGUUGGUGUUGAUGACAUGUUCAUCCUGGUGUCCUGCUGGCAGAAGACUCAAGUGAAGAAGAGUGUCAAAGAUCGGAUGGCUGACACCUACACGGAAGCAGCUGUCUCUGUUACCAUCACAUCGCUUACCGACGUCUUAGCCUUCUACAUUGGAGUUGAAAGUACCUUCAUGUCCAUUCGGUCAUUUUGCUUGUAUUCAGGCACGGCCUUUGUGUUCUGCUACAUCUACAACCUGACUUUCCUUGGGGCAGUUCUUGCUCUUAAUGGCCGAAGAGAAGAAAGCAACAAACAUUGGCUAACGUUCCAGAAAGUGAUGGCUACGCCUCAAGAUUUGAAGGGCCCUAUGUAUAACAGGUGCUGUAUAGGAGGGUUUAUUGACGAGUCCACUGGAGCAGAGAUUGAGCAUCCUAUGAAUGGCUUCUUUAAAAAUUACUAUGGCCCCUUCCUGAUGCACACCUGGAGCAAGUUGUUUGUGGUAGUCCUGUAUCUGGCAUACCUGGUUAGUAGUAGUUUUGGGUGCGGACUACUUAAAGAAGGUAUAAGUGCCCGAAAACUAGCUGUAGAUCGUUCUUAUGUCAUCCCGUAUUUUGACCUGGAAGAAAAAUAUUUUUCUGAGUAUGGCCCAAGGGUCAUGGUUAUUGUUACGAAAAGCAUACCGUAUUGGAAUUCAUCUGUCCGUGCAGAUCUUGAGAACUGCAUGCAGUCAAUUGAAAAUCUACCCUAUGUAGACAAGGAUCUUUCAGAGUCAUGGUUGAGAACUUAUGAAACUGUUGCAAAAGGCAUUUCUUCAAAUUUAGAUGACCGGAGUUCAUUUAUUGGCAAUUUAUCAGCCCUGUUUAGAGUACAGCCACAAUUUGUGUGGGAUGUUAAUGUUAGUGCUAUGGAAAUUCUAGGGUCACGAUUUUUCGUACAGACCAUCAAUAUUACCAGUGUAGAGGAGAAGAAAGAACUUUUAAACCAGUUCAGACAGCUUGCAGAGGACUGUAAGUUACCACUGAUGGUUUAUCAUCCAGCUUUUAUAUACUUUGAUCAAUACAAUGUAAUAAUUAAGAACACCAUUCAUAGUGUUUUGACCGCUGCUGGUGCUAUGUUAAUUACUUCCUUGUUACUCAUCCCCAAUCCUCUUUGCUCCUUGUGGGUAACCUUUGCUAUUACUUCUGUUAUUGUUGGUGUGUCUGGUUUCAUGGCCUUUUGGAAUGUGACCCUUGACUCCAUAUCCAUGAUCAGCCUUGUUAUCUGCAUAGGGUUUUCAGUAGACUUCUCAGCCCAUAUUUCGUAUGCCUUCAUUGCCAGUGAGGAACCCAGAGUGAACAACAAGGCAGUGGAUGCUAUCUACCGCCUCGGUUACCCUAUCCUACAGGGAGCUGUUUCCACCAUUGUGGGUCUCCUGAUGCUGUCCAUGUCAUCCACUUACAUCUUUAGAACUUUUUUUAAGAUAAUGUUUCUGGUUAUCGUGUUUGGACUUGUUCACGGUCUCGUUUUUAUUCCUGUGUUUUUAACAUUCUUUUUUUGGGAUACUGUUCCUUAAAAUCAACCAUUAGGGUUUAUCUGCAGACUCCAAAAACACUACCUGCCUGUUUGUGAUGGCAUGGUUCAGCCACUGUAGCAAUGGUGCGCCCCAGAUAAGAGUAGAAUGGGAUAAAGAUUGUUUUGGUGCCUGUAAGGAGCUUAACAACAUUGCCUUUACAGAAGAGGCACUUUGCUUCUCCUCUUUUGUGUCGGUGUCCCAGCUGUGCCUUGGGUUCAGAGCCAUGGCAGGCACCUAGAUAAGGGGGUGCAGUGUGGCAAAGGGAGAAGUCUAGCUGGUUGCAGUGUGGGUCCCUGUAUGAGGCAAAUCAAGUCCAGGCCCAAAUCUCAUACGAUCUGGGCUCUCAUUGUAUUUGUGUAAACCUUUUUUAAAUGGGAGAGUUUGUAUUCUGGAGUGCCUGCCAGUUCAUCGUCAUCAGUAAAGGAAACAGGAUUGUUGAUGUGAGGCUUGUCAAAAGAGAAGAUCUGAAAUCGGUGCCAUAGAUUCAAUCCUUAAAAGCACUGAGGGGCAAUUCUCAUGUGAAACAGGGCUGACUGUCAACAGGACAUCAUGAAGGUGAAAGCUGAGGUGAUCUCCCCAGACCUUCAUCAAAAAUUGUAAUGUAUA